ACCGACAUAAGUUUCCUGACUUAGAAAGUUAUCAGUGCAGAAUGGAUACAUUUACUGGAUGGCCCUGUUGUGAAGUAAUAGAGCCUUCGGUUCUGGCUGAGGCAGGAUAUGUCUAUGCAGGGUUCAGCGACUGUGUCACGUGUUUUUCCUGUGGAGGUGGGUUACGCAGUUGGCAAUAUGGUGAUGAGCCAUGGGAAGAACAUGCUAGAUGGUUUCCGAAGUGCAUGUUCCUAAGGGAACAGAACGGGCAAAUGAACGUCACCGUCCGCAGCAAUGGGCAAACAGACAAUGACGAAAGAAGUGAGGGAUCAGCUAGUGGGAACCAAGAUGAAAGAUAUGAUCCUGUUACUCAACCGGACAUUCCGGGACCUAAUCUUAUUUACCGGAAUUCUAACUACGUAUUGCCAGAAGAAACAAUUCAGUUCGCCAUUACCAGUUUAGAAGCCCAAAAAGUGGAAGAAAAACAAAUACUGAAAGAAAACCGAAGACUAAGGGAGCUUAUUACCUGCAAGAUUUGCCUUGACCUCGAAGCUAGUAUUGUGUUUCUACCAUGUGGUCAUCUUGUUUCUUGUCAACAUUGUGCUCGUAUGCUUAAAACAUGUGCUGUUUGUCGGGCUAAUAUACAAGGAAGAGUCAUGGUUAUGAGAUGUGACUUACGAAGGAUUUAACGCUGGACAUUUUACUUAUGAUAAUAAUGGUUCCGAUAUUGCCAGGCAGAACUUUUUGCUAACUAUAUUGUGCAAGAGCUUGUUCUGAUACAUACUGUAUCUCCUUUUAAUUGGUUUGUCAAGACAGUCACGAAAUAGAAAUAAAAAAGUAAAUAAAUAAAUGUUGGGACUAGAAUUAUCUGAACGUGUUAUUUAUGAAAUUGUUUAUAUGCUGCUGUACAAUAUUUAGAGAAUUUUACAUUUUUUUAUCACAUAUUUAACAUACUUGGGGUUUAGUAAAGCCAUUAUAUAAAAAUGACAAUAGACUAUUGUAAUAAAGCUUUUGACGUUAACGUCGUUUAUAGUAUAGGAGACGUUGGUCAAAUUGCCUUGUUUAUAUAGUAAAAGGAAUGAGAAUGUUAGCUCACCUGAGCUCAGGGUAAGCUAUUGUUCUUAUAACAUUUUUGAUUUCGCAGAAAUUUCACGUAAAAUCCUACAUUUUUGUCUUAAAAGUCUUUAACUUCUUUAUAUCGAAUUUUGUGUCGUGAUAUCUUAACUAAUGAUUAAUGAUUGACGAUAUGUGAUCGUUUGGGUGUGAUUCUGCGAAUAUUUGAAUUAUAAAUUAAAUUUGAAAUUCUUCAAUUGACGUUAAAGUCGCAUGUAAUUUAUCAUGUCUCUUUCCUCUUUGCGGUUAAAGAUGCUAUCAAACUCGUGUUUGUUAAAGAUGAUUCACAGAUAUUUUGAUGAUAUCUUACAUAUGAAUUUAGAAAAGGGUUUUAAAAGAGAAAUACCAAAAACAGAAGUUUGCCGCUGAUUUUUUUUUACAAAAUUAUCACGUCUUUUUUGCGGAUUUCAGUUACAUCUAAUAGAAUAGUCUUGUUUUCAUCGAAAUAUUUAUCGUGUUAUCUUAAUAAAUAGUACAUAAUUGAAAUGAUUAUGUCAAUUUCGUUUAUUUUUCAAUAUUUUCAAUGGAAAUUGAAAUAUAAUUUAAAAAUUUUAAAAUGUACGUCGUUCGUAAUUCGCUAUGUUUUCCUUUUGUGGUAAAAUAUACUAGCAAAUUAGUGUUUGAUAUUAAAGUGUUUAGAUAUUUAUUUACAUCCUACAUUCUCUUAAAA